AAGGCUGGGAAGCCAGCCAUCUUCCUCAAGCCAUCCACCGCCUUCCAUCUCCUGCAUCGAUCGAUCAUCCAGUGCUAGCAUUCUAGCACCUGUGCGAUCAACGUACCAAGGCCCAGCCGUUGCUAUGGCGACCACCAUCACCAUCUGCAGCCCCGCCGCUCCGGCCUCGCAGCUUCCGGCGGAGAAGGACGUGCAGCAGCACAGUCGACGGCAGUACCCCCCGAGCCUCUGGGGCGACUUCUUCCUCACCCACCAGCCGUGCACACCGGCAGAGCUCCUGUCCAUGAAGGAGAAGGCGCAGGCCAAGGAGGAGGAGGUGAGAAGAAUCGUGCUGGACGCCGCCGCCUCCGACGACCUGGCGCGGAAACUGGACCUCGUCGACGCGCUGCAGCGGCUCGGAGUGGACUACCACUACAAGAAGGACAUCGAUGAGUUGCUGCGUGCUGUUUACGAUGACAAGGAUGGAGGUUCUGAUGACCUAUAUGUCACCUCUUUGAGGUUCUAUCUGCUCAGGAAGCAUGGAUACGCCGUCUCUUCCGAUGUGUUUGUGAAGUUCAGAGAUGAGCAAGGAAACAUUUCAAGUGGUGAUGUGAACAGCUUGUUGACGCUGUACGAUGCCGCGCAUCUGAGGACUCGUGGGGAGGACAUACUUGACAAUAUCAUCACUUUCAACAAGACCCGCCUCCAAUCUGUGAUGAAAACAAAUUUGGAGCCAGAUCUAGUAGAGGAGGUGCGGAUCACAUUGGAGACACCUCGAUUAAGGAGGGUCGAGAGAGUGGAGGCGAGGCGCUUCAUCUCGGUGUACGAGAAGAAGGCUGCGCGAGAUGACACCAUACUGGAGUUUGCAAAGUUGGACUACAACAUAUUGCAAGUUCUCUACUGCAAGGAGUUGAAAGAACUUACAAUAUGGUGGAAGGAUUUCAAGUCACGGACAGAUGCGAUGAGAUUUGGGCGGGAUAGAAUGGUGGAGAUGUAUUUCUGGAUGAUGGCAAUUGUUUAUGAGCCUUAUUACUCGUAUUCACGGAUAAUGCUUACAAAAUUGAUCCUAUUCCUGGCAUUGAUGGAUGACGUCUAUGACAACUAUACGAGCACAGAGGAGAGCAAUAUCUUUACCACAGCCAUGGAAAGGUGGGAUGAGAAGGCCAUGGAACAACUCCCAGCAAACCUGAGGGCAUUCUACAACAAUCUACUUGGCAAUAUAGAUGGGAUCGUGGAAGAUUUAAAAGUUCAGAAUAACAAGAAUGCUGAGGCGGUAAGAAGAAUGGUAAUUGAUGCCGCCAAAUGCUUCCAUGCUGAGCUCAAAUGGCGUGAUGAACACUACACACCUACCGAUGUUGAGGAGCAUCUGCAAAUUUCAAUGGGAAGCAUUGCGGCUAUGCAAACUGUCAACCUAGUCUUCAUUGCACUGGGAAAUGUGACUACAAUGGAGGCGGUUGAGUGGGCUUUCGCCUAUCCGAAAACUAUCAGAGGUGUUUGUAUUCACGCACGUAUUAGUAACGAUAUCAUGUCACAUGAGCGAGAACAAGCUUCGGAGCAUAUGGCAUCCACGGUGCAAACUUGCAUGAAGCAGUAUGGGGUCACGGCAGAGGAAGCCAAUGAAAAGCUUAGGGUAAUAAUCGACGAAGCAUGGAUGGACAUGGUCCAGGAAUGCCUUGAUCAGGAACAUCCCAUGGCGCUUUUGGAGAAGGUGAUCGCCUUUGCACAAUCAAUAGAUUUCGUGUACAAGCGUGUAGAUUCGUACACCCUCUCAUCCAACCUCAAGGACACUUUAACUUCAUUGUACGUGAAGUUCGUUUGAGUUUGGUGAUCCAGCAUCAAGUAUGUCUUUUCAGCAUAAUGUCAGUGAAGAUCAGAUGUCAAGGGUAUACUUUACCUCCAAGAUCCUAAAUAACUAGAGAAAACACUCUGUCCGUUGCCGCGGGAAGUGUCGAGAUUCUAAAUAGGAAUCUACAUAUGUAUUAUAUAUGCUAUAUAUUGUUAGUAAAUAUCAAUAUGCACCCAUAUUGUUAUAUGUAUUAUGGUAAUUAUAUUAUAUGAUACAUAUGCUAUUAUAGUAUUAUGGCAUAUGGUACAUAUGGAUACUGA